AUGACCGCAACCCUGGGAUAUAGCUGCAUUCUGCUGGCGCUGGUGCUGGCGAUCUGGGGGAUCGCGGCCCCCAUCCUGCACGCGCGCACCGGCAUUCAGGCUUUCCACGCCUCCGCCCGCUACGCCAUCGCCGGCCAGUUCGUGCUCGUGACCACGGCCGCGGGGGCGCUGAUCUACGCCCUGGUGGCGACCGAUUUCUCCAUCCGCUACGUCGCCCUCAACACCACCCUCAACACCCCGGUCUACUACCGCGUCACCGGACUCUGGGGCGCCCUCGAAGGGUCGCUGCUGCUCUGGGAGUGGAUCCUCAUCAUCUUCUCGGCCCUGGUGGCGUGGCGCUACCGCAAGCGCAUGCAGGAAUUCAUGCCCUGGGUGCUGAUGGUGUUCGCCAUCGUUUCGGCCUUCUUCCUGGCGGUCAUCGCCUUUGCCUCGAAUCCCUUCGAGACGAUGUUCCCCGUGCCUCUCGACGGCCGGGGGCUCAACCCGCUGUUGGAAGAUGCCAACAUGCUGAGCCACCCGCCGCUCCUGUACACGGGGUUCGUGGGACUCACGGUGCCGUUCGCCUUCGCCAUGGCGGCGCUCAUUCGCGGCAAGCUCGACCAGAGCUGGAUCGUCGCGACCCGGCACUGGACCAUCACCGCCUGGUUCUUUCUGACCCUCGGCAACAUCGUCGGCGCGUGGUGGUCCUACCACGUCCUCGGCUGGGGCGGUUACUGGGCCUGGGACCCGGUGGAGAACGCCGCCUUCAUGCCCUGGCUGCCGGCCACCGCGUUCCUGCACUCGGUGCAGGUCCAGGAACGGCGCGGCAUGCUCAAGACCUGGAAUGUGCUGUUGAUCAUCAUCGCCUUCAGCCUCACCAUCUUCGGCACAUUUCUCACGCGGUCGGGGAUUCUGUCGUCCAUCCACGCCUUCUCGGCCGGACCCGUGGGAUUCUACUUCCUGGGAUUCCUCGCGUUCGUCCUGAUCUCAUCGCUGGGCCCUGCUGGCCUGGCGCAGUGA